AGCCCAGGGGCCGCCCAGUAGCUGGGAAGCCACGCAGCGCGCUCGGGGAGGCCGGCGACUACAGCGGGGGCUUCCCCAGGCUUCCCUUCCCGGGUCGCGGGUGCGGGGCGCGAGUCCAGGGCACGAAAACUGCACCCGGCUCAAGGGAGCAGGGAGUCCCCGAAGCGUUCCCGAUCGGCGCGAUCGCGAGUGAGACCUGAAGCGACCGGUUUGGGUAUCCGGGAGCCCAGAGCGUGAGACUGGAGCUGAGCCCUUCUCGCCGCCCCCACCCCGCGCCCGCCUCCCACCCCGGCCCGCGGCCUGCAGCGCGCCUCCCUUACAGCCCAGUCUCUGGCUAGCUGCUCCGGCCGAGCCGUGGGAGCCACGGACAGCGCCAGUUGCCGCUGCGGGAGCUACUCCGGCUGCACCAUGCGGGAGCUGGCCAUCGAGAUCGGGGUGCGAGCCCUGCUCUUUGGGGUCUUCGUUUUUACAGAGUUUUUGGAUCCGUUCCAGAGAGUCAUCCAGCCGGAAGAGAUCUGGCUCUAUAAAAAUCCUUUGGUGCAGUCAGACAACAUCCCUACGCGCCUCAUGUUUGCAAUUUCUUUCCUCACACCCUUGGCUGUUAUUUGUGUGGUGAAAAUUAUCCGGCGGACAGACAAGACUGAAAUUAAGGAAGCCUUCUUAGCGGUGUCCUUGGCUCUUGCUUUGAAUGGAGUCUGCACAAACACUAUUAAAUUAAUAGUGGGAAGACCUCGCCCCGAUUUCUUUUACCGCUGCUUUCCAGAUGGGGUGAUGAACUCAGAGAUGCACUGCACGGGGGACCCUGACCUGGUGUCCGAGGGCCGCAAAAGCUUCCCCAGCAUCCACUCCUCCUUUGCCUUCUCGGGCCUCGGUUUCACAACGUUCUACCUGGCUGGCAAGCUGCACUGCUUCACGGAGAGUGGGCGGGGGAAGAGCUGGCGGCUUUGUGCCGCCAUCUUGCCCUUGUACUGUGCCAUGAUGAUUGCCCUAUCGCGCAUGUGUGACUACAAGCAUCACUGGCAAGAUUCCUUUGUCGGAGGAGUGAUUGGCCUCAUUUUUGCCUAUAUUUGCUACAGACAACAUUACCCGCCUCUGGCCAACACGGCGUGUCAUAAACCGUAUGUCAGCCUCCGAGUACCCGCUUCACUGAAGAAGGAGGAAAUACCUACAGACGACAGUGCGCCCAGCUUGCCUCUGGAGGGGAUCACCGAGGGCCCUGUAUGAUGGGUGUCUAGGAAAGAUGGACACUGAGCCCCUGGCUCGUUCUUCUACCCUGAUGUCAUAACACAGUGGAAAGGAUUUUCUGUAAUGUGAUUCUCAUCAGUUGCUCUAAAGUCCCCCAGCUUCUGUUCUGUGGAUGGUGUUCCUGCUGCUCCCCAUGUCUCCCUUCAACAUUUUCAGUUGGUAAGGUCGGGACACCGGGACCAGUCUCUGAGAGACCCACGCACAAGGAAGGCAGAUGCUAGGGCGGGGUGGGCAUGCUUGCUCAUCCAGUGAUUCCUUUACCUGAGGUGUUUGCCGUACCACCUACUCUCCUCUGUGUUCAUGUUGUAAAAUAUAAUAAAGUCUCCC